GACCACCGCCAGUGUCUUGUCUUGUUACCGCAGUGUUGUUCAAGACACGGUCGCGAUCGAAACUCUACACGAAAAACGCGCAUACCCCAACAACAGGCAAACCGGUUGCAUCUCGCACGCGAGUUUUCAGCAGUGUGGCUUUAUAUUUUUUUUAGUUAACCGUCACGUCGUCCGCAAAGUAUACAUUAACGUUAUUGGCCCGAACGAAUUGCCCGUUGCCGAUCGCUUUUAUAUACCUUCCUACGAUUCCUUCUCGCUUAUCUUAUUAGCUGCAGCUGCUAAGAAACUUUGUCGUUCGGCCAUCUCCGCGUACGCCUCCGCCAGCUUCCUUCGGGAGAAGUCCAAAAAUCGAUUUACACCUAGAGUUUUAAAACUAAUGUAAGCAUUAGACAUGGGUACCGGUACCCGGUGGCUGGUGACCCUGUGUUUGCUGGCGGCAGUAGAAUGUGUUCCUUCCAGAAUCACUCAUCAAUCGGAAACGGACUCGGAAGACUCGAGAAAAGUGCUUGGUUCGAGCGUCGUGACUUCAGUGUCUGUAAUCAUGGACCACGGUAACGGAACAAAAACCUAUUUUGCGGACGGACAAAGCAAGAACGUCCACAGGCCGUCUGAAACCAUCGUGGGCAGCCCAGGCAACCUACUAUCGCCCGAUCGUUAUGAGUUCUACACUUUUGAUGAAACCGGUGAUUUGGUCAAGCGACUCAUGACCCUCGACGAAAUACACGGUUUGAUUGCCGGAGCCGAUCCCGAAUCCGUCAUGGCCGAUGCUUCCCCUACAUACUAUCACGAUGCACUCUCUAGUCAUUCCUCGGAAGCUCUGAUGCACUUGCCCGCCACAGACCUGGAGUCGUUAGACGCACCGGCCGUGCACAAGGUGUUGGAGAGUGUACAGAAUGUGCUUAAGAACGAGAUGGCCGCCAAUUCGGGUAAACCGUUAGCUCCGAUUCCGGUCAUACCUUUGCAUCACUCGGAGACGGCUUCUGCGUGGUCUGCCCUGUUCCCGGGACUGAUAGAGACUCCGGAUGACGUAGCCCACUUGUCGGGAUACCUGCUCCCGUCCAAAGUGGCUGAGUCGGCGAGUAAGCCACCGUUGAAAAAACCUUUAGCAACCACUAAGCAACCCGUCGUCACAACGACUAUGGCCAGGUUGCCAACAACAACAACGAGUACGACGGAAAAAUUCAAGUUUACGCCCCCCAAGUCCACUACAACCGCCAAGUCACCUGAACUUACACCUUUGUUCACGUCCACUUUCAAACCGACUACAGCUGCUGCUAAAAAGCCCUUCAGACCCGUACAGUCGUUCGAUAAACAGAAGCCUACGGCACCUAAUCCGACACUAGUGUUGAAACCUACCGAUAAACCUUCGCCGCAUGUGGCGGAUAAACUCGACAUAAAUAAAGAAAUGUCGGCAUCGUUAUCGGACAUGCUAUCCCAAGUGACUGAUAGUCAGUCGGCCAAUAAUAAUCCUAUACAAAACAACGCUCUUGUCGAAAAAGACAACACAGCAGAUUACAUACCAGAAGAAAGUUCCCCGGAACUUAGUUAUUACAGCCCGGUAGCGUUGUCGCUGACCUCUCCGACUACGCCAAAACCUACUCCCGCACCUGUUGCCGAAGCAUUGACUACUGUUAAAAAGCACCAUUCUACAGCUGCCACUUUCAAAAGUACAACUACGGAAAUGCCACCGUUGCAAAAAACUGUUUCUACCAGUACAAUGACAAAGUUUGGACCGAGUAAAUUCAACAACACCAAAUUGAGACCACCGACGAAUUUCACCAUAUCUUCAGUAGUGACCAAGGCUCCACCACCGUCUUUCAAUAACAAAUUUAACGGGUCCACGUACGCGGCCACAACUGUUUCUUCGACUAGAAAUAACUACCACUAUCCACCGAGUAAUAUGUCCACUAAAUACAUGCAAAAAAUUACACAAACCACACCACAAGCGUACCCGAGUAAUGCAAUUAACUCUUUUGUCAAAUUAGUUAACAAGACAAUUAAUAAUAACGGAACGUUUAAUAUAAAACAACCAAACGACACUAUAUGGAAUGCAACUGAAGAAUUAAAAAAUAAAUUCAAAGAGCCAAAUAAAGUAUUUUCAAAUAAAGUGAUCACUUCGACCCGACCGAAUAUUAUAAAUAGGACAAAUGUCACAUUAUCGAAUCGCAUACAGGAAUUGAAAACUACUACUACUACUACGCCCUUGUACGGUUCAGCGACUUAUACUACUACCGUCCGAAAUAUGACACAGCCUGAACAAUACAUUUCCGUUAAAGUAGAUUCGUGGCCUACGACCCCUCCACAAUCAAUAUUUGCUACUUCAAAUGCGUACAUGAGUAGCACUCCAAAAGCGUACAUGCCAAGCAGCGGACAACCUUUCAACUCGUUCACCGAUUCAAAUACCAUCAGAGAACUUAUUUCAUCUUUAAUGACGACACCAACUACUUCCAGUCCAAGCAAUGUCGUGAUUACAUCAACCACUACUGGAGCUGAUCAGCUACUUACACCCGUGGCGUCAACCACAGUGGCCACGUUCCUAAAGAAUGCAACAGGAAACCCAGCAGCAUUAAGUUCGUCGACUACUGAGACACCAACUACCGUCACAACUACAUCAACAGCCGCCACAUCAACCACAACACCAUCGACAACAACAUCCUCGGCAGCUACACCCUCAGCAGCUACAUCAUCGUCAUCAACUUCAUCAUCAUCAACUUCAUCAGCUUCAUCAUCAUCGACUGCAUCAUUAUCGACUACAUCGUCGUCAACUACAUUAUCAUCGACUACAUUGUCGUCAACUACAUCGUCACCAACGUCUGAAGCUACAACUACUACCUCCACUGCUAUUAACUCAGUUGGAAACUCGGUUACCAACAGUACUACAGAAACGGUAGCGUUGCUGGUAACGUCGACUACUCCCGAAUCAGAAACACAGUACGUGCCUGUAACACAUUUCUUGCCAGAAUUACAAGUGAAAGACAAGCCAGAAGCUGAACACCCGAACAACAGUGCACCCGGCGUAGAUCCGUUGCUUAAAGACGGAAUAUCUGCUGUGGCCAACAUGCUUCAGAACACUCAAAAACCGUCAAUACUUAGCACCGAAUAUCUACCGGUUAACACACGUCCUUAUGAGAAGUUUGUGACUGCAGGAGUCGCCAAACAAACAUCCACGGAACAAGCCAGAAGACAGUCGACGAUCAAGACGGAUAUUGAUGAUAUUUCCACCACGACGAUCGACAACCUAACGACACAAGAGCCGUACGAGUUUACUACGGCCGAGUCGACGACGAGAUUCUCCGAGUCCACCAACGACACGGUUGCCAUGGAAUCAGCGACCAUAAACGACAAGGAAGACAUAUCCCGGAUCUCUGAGCCCGGUUUGGACAUGUUGACAGUAUUCAACGUCAGCUCGACCGGUAUUCCCGUACAAGCAGCUAAGUUGGCCGAUUUGUCAGCAGAAACUCAAAUAACGUUCGACACCACAGGCACAACACCAUUUGAUAACCACAUCACUGACCCUGCUACCACCACCGAAGAAGUGGUGACCACAGCGCGAGCGGUUACCACUCCAUCUACGACUACCACUGAAGUUACCCAGAGCCCAACAAAACAAUCUAUUGUUGUCACAAGCAAUGCACCUGAAAACUCCACUACAUUCACACUGGUGGCAACAACAACACUGUCCAAUCAUAAAUCACCCAUUGUAUCAUCAAAUGCGUAUAGACCGUUGUCCAAUAGCGCGUCUCCUUCCACCGUCGAGCUGCAUCCGGCCCCACACGAGAGCAUGGGCUUGGAAGCCAGCGUAGCUUUUCUCGGCGAUGACGUCCGUCGAUUUGCUGACUUGUGCAACGAGCUGUCGUUCAAAAUGUGGACGGCUGUCACUGGAAAAGGUCAAAUAGCUUCGAGGAGUUUGGUGUUGUCUCCGUUUGAGCUGACCGCCAUGUUAGCAAUGGUGUUCUUGGGUGCCCGUGGUUCUACUUCUGGUCAAAUGAACGACGUACUCCGGCUGGACGACAUGGUUACGUUCAAUCCUCACCAAGUACUCAGGAACGUUACUCAGUCCAUUACUAACGCAAACAACCCUGGAGUUGCCACCGCGUCUUUUGUACGCGAAAUAUACAGUCACAAGGGGAACGGAAAAAUACUAGACUUCUACAAAGAACGCGUUCAACAAUAUUACGACGGACACGUGGAAGAAGUAGACUUUAACACAAUCGGCGACGUGCUGAGAAGACGAACCAACUUGUUAGUCAAGAGGCAAACUUUGGGACGAGUCGUCGAGUAUCUCCGAGGAUCUGGUUUGAGCUUAACUCCGCCUUUUGCAGCUUUCAGCGCCAACGUGUUCCAGACAAGUUGCGAAUCUGCUUCCACGGAAGGCAGGGACGGUGAGAUGUACUUCGUGGUGAGACCGUCGACCAGACAACGGCGGUUGGUACCCGUGCCGGCGGCCGUCUGGCGCAGCGGCUUCCUGGCCGGUUACGAGCCCGGUCUGGACGCCACGGCGGUCAGCCUGAGUCCCGAUUCGGUCAUAUCCACCAUACUGAUCUUGCCCGGGCAACAGGGACAAGUGGCGCCCGGCGACGGGCUGACCCGGCUGGAGCAGCGGCUGAUCGAGACGUCGUACCGGCGGGGCGGAUGGUCGCGGAUACUGCGGAGCCUGUUGCCCAGGCCGGGGCUGGAGUUGCAGAUACCGCGGUUUUCGCACCGGUCGGUGUUGAACACGACGGCGGCGCUGCAGAAAAUGGGCCUGAAGGACGUGUUCAGCGAGCAAAAGGCCGACCUGAGGGGCGUGAACGGGCUGUACGACCUGUACCUGUCCGACAUGCUGCAGGUGAACACGUUCAGCACGUGCGGCGAAGACGUGAUCGGCGCUAGGCACCACGUGGAAACGUAUCCGGCGUCGCCACAGCGGAUGGGCCGCGCUGACGGGAUGCCGUCGUCCGAGCAGGAGCGCCGGAGGAAGCGGUACGCUCACGAGGCCGCCGAGGAGCUGCUGCGCAACCCGUACUCGCACUUGCCGCUGAACCUGCGGCCCAGACAGGCCAGGUUGCCAGACGUGCCCAGGUUGAGGUUCGACAGGCCGUUUUUGUACUUGGUUCGGCACAACCCGACCGGCAUGAUCGUGUACUUGGGCCGGUUCAACCCGAGACUGCUACCUUGAACGACGAAAUACAGCUAAGACGGUAUCAGAGAUUAUCCAAAAUACCAAAGUUUACAUCCCCCCCCCAACCCACCCGCCCAAAGAUAAAGGUAUUCUUAUUAUCGCUCUGUUGCAGUGAAGCAUACCUAUACUCUCCAAGCACUGAACCCGAUAUAUAACAAUACGAAACGCGCCAUGUUGGACGCGGCCAUGUUGUUUACAUGGAAUUUUAUGGAUAGUAAGACCACUAUCUAAGUUGCUUUUCCAUGAAAAAUAUACGGAAACGUUAUCUCUAAAAUUUUAACUGGCCAAUUUCAGUGGUGAUAACGUGGUAUAUUAUUUGAUAAUAAACCAUUGCAAAAACAAUCAACUGUUUUCAAUAUGGCGGCCAUGCAAAAUGCGCAUUUCGCUUAUCGAGUUCAGUGAUUUUAUUUAACGAUUCUAAAAGCCCCUCCAAAAAAAAAAAAUGUUGAAAGAAAUCCCCAUAAAUUAAAGUCUUGCAACAGCAGGUAUUAAUAAUGUAAUAAUAUAAUAUUAUGUAAGUACUAUCUUGUAAUCUAGGCAAACGUCGGUCGUGGAAUACUCGAGAUAAAUGUAUAGUUCUUUCCUAAUUUAGUUUUAUAGAAUUUAGCGAUACAGGUGAUCAUUUUUUUUUCUUUUGUUGAAUGGAAAUUAUAUAUAAUAUAUACAUAUAUUAGUCGAUUUCACUGACAUUAUACAGUAAACUUAAAAUUUUUAAAAUUAUUGAUCUAACAUAUUCGAUAUUUUAUCAUUUAUUUUAAUAAAUAUUAUAUGUCGAUCGAUACACUUUUAAAAUAGCCUGUAAUCUUGGUAAAAUCGACAGUUAAUAACACAUUGAAUAGUGUAAGAAAUAUAAUAUAAUAUAUUUUUAUAUUAUUUUAAUUAUGUUAUAGGUAAUUAUUGUUUUUAAAUAUUUAGCUUACUAAUUUUUUAAGUGCUACUACAAU